GGUUUGUCCGCCUCCAACAGACAUCGAACUCGGCCACGGCACCGAUCCAUUUCACACCACCCCUGUAAAUAAUGGCGGCGUAGGCAGGACCUAUCUGGAAUGCAUACAGAAUUUUCUCUCAUUCCGCGUGGCGAGGUUCUCCAAAAAGGCUGACAAAAGAAACGAUCAUUCAAGACGCCUGAUGCAGAUCGAAGACCACCCGGCUGGUUAUCCUCGUUUCUCGGCGCUUGUUGCGUCUCAUGACUCCUUUCACCUUUGCCGCCGGUUCUCUAACCUGCGUUCCCGCCUGCUUCUGUUAAAACAAGAUAGGAUAUCAUCCUUGGAGAAGCAAUUGCAGAAAGUCGACCACGAAGAAACUGUUCCUUUACGUCUUGGAAGUACUCGAGCGGAUGAUAACAGUGAAAGAAAGUUCAUUCUAUCGCAAAUUGACGAUGCUUUAGCGGAUUACGAUGGAUUAAUCGUAAGGAAUCACCAAAUCUUCAGCUUCGAAGCUGCGAGGCCCCGAGCGGUGGCGAGCUUACAAAACUGGAUCAACGGGACGGGCUGCAUAGCGAGACACGAAGCCACAUAUCUGAAUUAUUCAAAUGAGUUGCUUUGUGUAGCUUCUAUGGAUGAUACGGUCAUGAUGUGGCUAGAAACAUUGGUAGAGUGCACCUUCACCCGUGCUCGUCAAUAUUUUGGGAAAAAUCGUCAUCUCAAUAUCUCAAGAGACCCGAACGUCCAUAUAACGUCGAAACCAUCUGUCACACGGAUAGCUCGAGUUUUGAUGACACCUUUCAUCGCCACACUCUUGCUUGCCCCGGUCAUUGUUUGUAAUUGUUUAACCAGUCUCAUCGCCCGACUUUCUACAAUUGUUAUCGCUGCUACUAUGUUUAUUGCAAUACUCUCUGGCUCGACUAAGGCAAAAACGGUCGAAUUGGUAGUGGCAGGUGCGACUUAUACAACAGUGCUGAUUGUGUUCAUCUCGAGCACAAGUAUGCCCAAGAACUAAUAUUAGCAGGAGUUUCCUUUAGAUUCGCGAGUUCCGCAUCAAAAUGGGGUUUGAUUCUAGUAGUAACGGGUAGUAUAAUUUAGUGUGCAUUCUCCUGCGUUAUGUUCGGGUUGAGUGCUCAUUCCUUUUUGUAGCUGAAUGUUGUCUGAGGCCCUAGCUAGCUUCCUGCCCCUGGUAUAGACAUUGUCCGCGAGGGCUGAUUCCUG